UGAGGAAUAGACAAUCAAACAAAGUUGUCCGUUUUCGUCACUACAUGCUUCAUGCCAUAUUUCUAAGGUUGACACGAUUGCCCAAUAAAGGUAAAGACCAAAAUAACACGUGACUACAUACAUGAUCUGUUCAUCCAGAAGGAAAGCUUAAGUAGCUCGAAAGUUUUCAUAGAAUUCCUCGCAGAUGAAGAAGUAAAAGAACCGAUACAGUCACUUGAAAACUGGUAAGAUUUGAAGAAGAUUUAUACCUAUGAAAGGUAAACCAGACAUCUUCUCACGGGACACAAUGGAUUUGAGGUUACCGUAGCCUUUAGUUCUAUCUUUAGCGGACACCUUUAUCUCAAAUCAUUCCACACCACCAACCUACUUUAAUGCUGAACAGCAGGAUUAUCAGAGGUUCAUCACUCAUGAUCCGUUCGAGAUACCUCGACAGGUCUCGAUGGCGGUAGAGAAUGUAAUCUAUUCUCAUGAGGCAGGGCCUCGGGUGGGAAAUCAUGAGCAGGAUGCGAGAUCACCUGAGCAAGAUAACCUCAAGCAAGUCACCGCCCAACCCGCAAUCAAGCACCUUAAAUCUUUUCCAGCAAUCAAGAACCCAGGCCAAUUACGAACACCUUCACCGAGCCCUUCUCCAAGUAGCCCAUCAACGUCACAGGUUGUUGUGGACGAGUCGCUUGGGAAUGCAGAAAAAGCCCCAUCUGUGCAAACUGGCAAUCAGAGUUCCGAGUCAUUCCAUCACUUUAGGAAUCUUCCUUCUCUUGCAGAGCACGAUGGGGCAAGUGGAACAACUCAGCCGUCUCCCAUUCCCAAAGAUUCGCCUUCCUCCCAUGAACUCGAUGACAUUCCAGAGGAAGAAGUCAAAAGUCAUCGGAAAUUGUCCUUGAACGAUGCUGGGGAAGAAAAGGUUCUUAAAUUAUCAGCUGCUGAGAUGACUGAGUUAACAUCAGCUCCUGAGUCUCUUCCAAUGAUCUCACCUAAAAAACUAUUGACUCCCAAUAUCAAUCAAAGUGGUGCCCAAGGACGGGGCCGUACAAGAUCCGGCUCUGACGUACCUCGCAUGGAUCUUGACGAUCAACCGUCCGAAUCGACAGAUUCUCACAAGUUUGAUACCGUAGAAACUGUGAGGUUCACUUCAGAUAUCAAUGGGGAGGGCCGAGAAUACCCAGACGGACCUCAAACCAGUGGUGGCACUAAACGACCCACUAUAUCGUCUUCUUCCCGUGCCUUUAGUGCCCAGCCGGUUACAGGUCAAUGGCCGUCAUACUCCAAACCAAAUCCAGUUCCGAUAUCUCCCAAACGUAGACCAUUCCCUAUCGGGCGCGGAACAGAAUCAUUAAACCUCAACCUUGAAGGCUUGAAUUCGCCCGUCAUGGGUAAUGGAGCGAGCAAAUCUUCACAAUUACCAGAUAUACCACCGCCGUCGCCAAUACCUCAGUCAAUUCCUCUUCCUCCAAUGUCGAUUCCUACUUAUCUGCAGCUUGAGCUUUCCGCAACAAGGCCGUCGCCAUUGUAUAUAUAUCGUUCGGCUUCCACUGAAUUUCCUUAUGAAUCAUCGAAAGUUAAAUUUGAGCGUUUAUUGAAUUUUUUGUUACUACCACCACAACUGGAGCAAGUUCUAUAUUUUGGAUCUUUGGCAUGUCUUGACGCCUGGCUUUAUACCUUUACAAUCUUACCAUUGCGAUUUUUCAAAGCUUUAGGUGUUCUUAUUUCAUGGUGGGGUCAUGUGCUAGCCAAGGAAUGUCGCUUCAUUACUGGCUUUGUCUAUCAUGGCACAAGCCGUAUGUGGCACCGACGAAAUGAACGUCGUAACGCCGAAUCUCUUUCUCCCACAAGGAGUACGUCACGUCCAAGCAGGCCUUCGAUGUCGGCAACAACCUCGUUUCAAUCUCAAGCUGGAAGACCGACUGAAGCUUUCAGGCGUAGCGGGACUACUGAAACUACCCCUAGGCUAAAUGGCGAGCGUAGACCGAGACAAGGUUGGGGUCGUCGCCAUCGCCGCAUGAAAUCUCAACCUUCCUCAUUAUCCUCGUACAACAAAGCCGAUCUCUUACAAGGAGCUGUCAUAAUUUUCAGUUCCUUCUUCCUAAUGAAGUUGGACGCAAGUAGAAUGUAUCAUAGUAUUAGAGCCCAGUCAGCCAUUAGACUUUAUGUUAUAUAUAAUCUUUUAGAGGUAUGUGAACUGAUUUAGGCUUUGGAACAAGUUUACUAAAUCUGCUAGGUCUUCGAUCGACUUGCGUCAGCCCUAGGUCAGGACAUUUUUGAAUGCCUGUUUUCCGACGAAACGCUAGAACGAGAUAGCGAUGGUAGAAGCAAAGUAUUGCGACCCCUUGGCAUGUUCGUGCUUGCUCUCAUAUACAAUGUCAUUCAUGCAGCAGCAUUAUUCACCCAGGUCGUCACCUUGAAUGUUGCUGUGAACUCUUACUCGAAUGCUCUCAUUACACUAUUGUUGUCGAAUCAAUUUGUGGAAGUCAAAGGAACUGUGUUUAAGAAGUUCGAAAAAGACAAUCUCUUCCAACUCACGUGUGCCGAUGUUGUGGAGCGGUUCCAGCUUUGGCUUAUGCUCAUGAUUAUCGCAUUACGAAAUAUUGUUGAAAUGGGUGGAUUCAGCAGCAUGGCGUCAUCUGCGUCAGAAGCAACUAGUCCGUUACGUACGAGCUCAAUGCUUCCAAACAGCUUUACCAUUCUUCCAGGCUGGUCGGGCGAGGUUCUUUCGCCGUUCUUCAUAGUGAUAGGUAGUGAGAUGUUGGUAGAUUGGAUCAAACAUGCAUACAUCAGCAAGUUUAAUGGCGUCAAGCCAGCAAUCUACCAACGAUUCCUCGACGUAUUGGCCAAGGAUUAUUACACAAAUGUAAGUUUUUCAAUCACUAAUUAGUCACUCCAUCUAACAAUUCUAGGCUUUUGUUAAUCAAAAUCUUCUUAAACGUCUGGGUCUUCCUGUGAUACCACUUUCGUGUCUUUUUAUCCGAGCUGCAUUCCAAACGUAUCACAUGUUUCUCGCAACUCAUCUUCCUCCCCCACUUCCAUCAGCUACAACAUCUUUAUCUGUUGAAUCCUCUCCAGCCACAACGGCAGCCUUCGAACAUUUUGAUACCAUUGUCCGCAAAGCCCUCGGUCGUUCAACGUUCGGCUUGCCAAACCCGGACUCCAUUACACCAUGGUAUCUACCCAGUACCGAUGAUGUAAUUGCAUCACUGACCAUGAUUGUCUUCUUCCUCGGUGCAUUCUUUGUCCUUCUUGCCUGCAAACUCGUGCUCGGCAUGCUGUUACUAAAAUUCGCACGCAAUCGUUACCAAACCAUGAAGAUGCGCGAACAUCGAAGCUACGAGACGGGUGGAAAGAGAGUCGGUGGUUGGGGCAUGAUAGAAUUGAAUGAUGAUAAAAAGCGGUGGAUAUAUGAUGAUGAUCCCGAGACAUUGAAGAAGUUGAAGGAAAAGGAGAGAUCUGCGAGAGAUAAGGAGAAGGUGGGGGCGGUGCAGGAUUUUUCGAAGAUUAGUAGAUAUGAGAUGGCCGCGAAGAGAAUAUGGUGAGGGCUUAGGGCAUAUUACUUUUACAUUAAAUAAACAUCCCUAUUAUAAUAUUCAUUUUGAUUUGCCUAAAGUAUUAAAACUAUGAAACCAGAGAAUUAUAUAAUACAUAGCCCCUCCUGCCGAGGCACUAACAUCAACGUUAAUGAUUCAUGUGAUCAAUAUCCCGACAGUUUGAAUCAUCUGCUUCCUCCGAAGUAUCAUCUCUAAACUCGACACCAACACUUUCCAGCUUCUCACGGACAGUUGUCGCACUCUCAAAUGUAAGGGGGACAAAACCCGUCGGACGUUGCUUGCAUAAAUAUUGCUCCCUUACCUGAUCAAAAUGUAUCCAUUCUUGUAGUAAACUGUUUUUCCAAGCCUGUUUCUCCUCCUGUAAAUCGUGAUUGUCUUCGGGAUUAAGUGGGCUUCCAUGAAGUGAUAUCGGUGAAGUAUCCGUGUUAUCUUCUGUUAUAGAGACUGAUAAAGGACUGGAAAUUAUAUAUUGUCGUUUCGAUACAGGGUUAUCCUCUUCAUCAGUCUGUACUAUAUCAAGCACAACCCGCUGUCGUUUGGUUGAGCUUUGACUUCCCGGGGUUGACAAUUCCUGUAAUGUAUCACCAUCCAUCUCCUCUACUUGCUUCACACGCUUGCCGUCUAUGUCCUUGACUGUUAUUACUGAUCGAGCGACGCCACCCUCAAGGAAUGCUGUGAUACCACUAAAAAUUGUCCAUGCAAAUCUGGCGUAUAUGAAUUGUGGUCUGCAGUAGGUUAUCGGAUGUGUACGGGUGUUGUGAUACAGAGGAACGAUAUCUUCGAUAUAUUCCAUAGCAUGAACGACGAAAUCAUCUCUUUUCGGGUACAAAAAGAACGAUCGAUCGGCGAAUGCUUUGUGAAGAUCAGAACGAAGCAACAUCA